AUGGGCCUCGAAAGACACGUCAGGCGCGCCGAUCCAGCCCAGGUGGGUUUCACGUGGCUCCCCCGGACCAUUGUGGCCUCAGAUCCUCCACGUAGGCAGUCCGCGAAUCUUCAGGGUACGACCCCCGCACUCGCUCUCCACCUCACUCUUUUCUCGUCCUCAAAAUUCGAAAAAUAUCUCAACCUCCAGAGGAAAAAUCUUUUUGCAAUUUACGCCCCGAAUUUAGCUGUCAUCCACGAUUUGAAGCCACCUCCUUCCUCCGAGUCAAUUCCUACUUUUCUUUCUCUUGCUAAGAAUCCCUGGAUUUUAGGUCCGCUUUUCCCCGUAAUCCGUCGAAGCUCAGCGCAAAACUUUCCUCUACGAUCUUCUUCAACCUCGUCUUCUACCGAGCAUCACCAUCGCCGGCGGCGAGAGGAGUUCGGAGCCGGAGCCGGGGCCGGAGCGCGCGUCGGAACCGGCGAGGGAAGGGGGCGUUGCGGAGCGAGAGGGAGGGAGGGAGGGAGGGGGAAUGGAGAGGCGGUGCGAGCUGUGCGAUCGGCGGGCGACAAUGCACUGCGAGUCGGACCAGGCGAGCCUGUGCUGGGGCUGCGACGAGAAGGUGCACGGCGCCAACUUCCUGGUGGCGAAGCACGCCCGGGCCCUCCUCUGCCACGUGUGCCAGUCCCCGACCCCGUGGAAGGCCUCGGGGCCGAAGCUCGGCCCCACGGUCUCGGUGUGCGAGUGCUGCCGCCGGAUCUGCGACGGAAGGCGGGGCCCGGAGCUCCGGGGGGCGGCGAGGAGGAGGCGGAGGAUUACGACGACAACGACGUGAACGAGGUGCUCGUUGACGAUGACUAUGGUGACGAAGACGAAGAUGAGGAGGAGGAGGAGGAGGAGGAGAUCGACGAUGAAGAGGAAGAAGAAGACGGAGAGAAUCAGGUGGUUCCGUGGUCGUGCGAUUCGCCGCCUCCGGCGGCUUCUUCGAGCACCGAAGGUGAAUCUACCAGUAGGUCUAUCGCGGUCGCAGGCGAUGGGCUCUUCGCCGAAACGAUUGCCCGCGGUGGAUUGAGGAUGAAGCGGCAGCGACAAAGCGAAGAUCUCGACUCUGACGAUGAAGUCGGCUGCGUCUCGUCUGGAUUGAACUCGGGAACAUUAGAUCACGAGGAAGCGGCCUCUUCCUCGGCCUUGUUAACCAGGCCGACGAAGCAGCGAAGGGCGGCCGUCGAGACGAAUCCGAUCGCGACGAGCGGCGGACGUGCGGGAGCAGAGUCGCUGAUGAACGCCCUGAAGAGGCUGCAAAGGAGCGCCGCCACGGAAGCCAAUGCCGCCGCGGCCGUCUCCAGCAUCUGCAGGCUGAGCGGGUAUCGGCGGAGCCCCUGAUUCGAUUGACCAUCCCGCCCCCACCGAAUCCGCGUCCGGUUGUUUGAUGACCCCUCUCUUGCUAAUUCCUGACCACACACAUAAAUUAUAUGUCUUGACAACAAGGGAGGACUUCUCUUCCUGUUACUUUCGCAGCAAGUGCAUUAAAUUCAUCGAGUUCUAGUCCAUCUCGUGUGCUUUGCUUUCUCCCUCGUCCUGCUACGAAGCGUUCGAUAUAAUGAUUGUUGCUAGAAAUCACCGGUCAAGAGAAGUGACGAUAAGGUAUGAAGAAGUGGCAAUUCAACGCGAUCAGUGGCUGUGGUUGGAGCCGUGAAGUGGGUUUUUGUAAUUUGCUGAUUUUCUUCUUCCCCUCUUUCACAAAAAAGUCAACCUCGUUUGUAGUUCAUCUACUUGUCCUUUUCCCUUCGUGUUAUGAAGAAGUCUAUAUGAAGAAAUGCUCGGAA